CUUGGGUAAGCCACGUUCUUUCUUUCGUUUAUCUUUUCGCGUCUGCGUUGCAUCCUCUUCUCGAAGGUGCAGGCCGUUUCCACCGUUCCCGUUCAUACGGUGUGAAUCAGCGCUCCGCUGGGAAAAAGCUCGUCACUUCCUUCUAUCAUUGGCCUGCCUUUUCGGUUAAUUUUCUCCGGAGCAUCCGAAAGACCUCUUUGGAACGAGCACACACAUCUGGAUAGGGAAGGCCACAUUCCGUUCAUCUUCCCGUUUUCUGCUUCUUUAUCCUGCCUUUUUCGCCGCUUCUCCAACUUUUUGUAGCGGUGCCGUCUGGGUGCUUGACCCUCUGCUGCUAUGUUUGUUGAUUCUCGAAUGCCGAUCCGCGGCGAUUUCCGUCCCCUGAACAUUGUCGUCACCCGUUUCCGAAGCUACAUUUCUUUUGUGGUCGCACCUUGUGACGUGCGAAGUUCGUUUUAAAGCGAUUUGUCCGUCGUAUAAAAGUGAGGCAACGAACACUGCUGUUCGCGCCGUGGUUUUUCCUCGACAGUCACUCCUCCUCACCUGCUAGGGCCAGCAUCCUCGUUCCUCGUGCUACAAGAGAAUGUUUCUCAGGCGCGUUCCAUCGUUUCAGCUAUUCGUUAAGUUUCAGCAGGCUGGUGCGAACCGUGUAACACACCCGAGCUAAGCGACUGUUUUUCCUCGGUCUACCGGAUUCAAACGACAUCGUCAAAAGCAGGGAGUUUCCUGCCGGCGAUCCACACAUUUUCAGCUUAACCCAUGCAGCCAUUGUCAUUCUACGGCACCUCGGAUUACGUGUCCUGCCCCAUACGUGUAUCAAAGUGCAACUGUAUAAGGACUCUGCAGUUUGACAGGUCGCCUUGAGCGGUGAGUUUGAGACGUCCGUCGACUCCUGCGAAAGACAAUUUUUCCACUCUGUUUACACCUGCGAACCGUUCGUUUCAUCAGAAGAACGUGUCUUCGUGAAGCACACUCUCCGAAGAAGCCAUGGAUAGCUCUCUAGGAGGAUGGUUAAUAUUUGGCCUCAUGGCUUUGAUCGCGGCGAUCGGGGUCGUGCGGCUGUGGUGGCAAGAGCGCCGGCGGUCUCAGGCGAAGGCUUCGUUUUUUAAGGAAGCCGAAGAUGUCCUUUCCUUCUCAGCGCCCACGGAAGCGAUCAAUGAGUACGAGGUCGCUCGAGAAGACGCUUUCGACGAGAUGGUGAAGGAGGGGAAAGUCGACAAGGACGCCGAAGACCUUCCAGAGGGAGAGCUUCCCGAAACGAGCUGGCUGCGCCAGGUUUCACAGGAGCACAAGAAGAAACUGAAGCUCUUUCUUCUGCGCAGAGCUCUCGCAAACGUCCCUCGAUGGAUUGGCUUGUCCCAGGAAGUGAAUGCGAAGUUUCGACUGUAUCGACACGGACUGCUAAGCGAAGAAACCUGGCAGAGCUUCUCUCGAGCGCAGGAGGCGCUGCAAGUGGAGCUGGAUUACUUGCGGCUGGAAGCCGAGUGUCUGGAGCCGCAGUGGGGAGACCGAAUCCUCAAAGACGCAAUGCUUCUCUUCCGCCUUCAACAGGCCAAAGAGGCUCAGCAGAAGGAACAGGAGCAGGAGGCGAAGAAGCGGGCGGCUAUUCAGAAACAGGAGUGCGUAUUGCAGCAGCAGAAGAAGGAUGCCAUGGAACGCAGAGCUGAGAAACAGGCGGACUCUCUCCUCAAGGAAGAGGCGGGCAAACAGAAAAAGAAGGCGGCUCGGUGACGUGGACACACCGACCGAAUCUCUGCCGCAGGGGAGUGGCAAGUCAACAGUCUGUCGCGGAUGUCUGCAGUAUAAAUAUUGUUCUCCGAUGCUUUUCGAAAGGUAUAUUGCAGACCCGAUGGAAAGAUUCUAGUCCGUGUACGUUUACAGACUGUUGUCGUCUGCUGCCGAAGCUCCUCGGCGGUAACCGUGUGUUCAGGCAGACACUCUCCGCCAGCACCCUUCUGUAAUUUGAACUUCAGCACGGCAGAAGUUCUGUUUGUCUGUGCAGCAGUCGCUUCUUCGCCACUUCGGGCCGUUUUUCUGGGGAAGCGUGGAGUUGCUCGUGCCUCAUUUCACGCGGUCUGCGUGACUGUCAUCGAGAAUAUUUCUUUCUCUUCUAGUUCUACUCUGUCUCGUCGAGACAUAUUUUCUCUUUCGUCAGUGGGAUGCUUCACGAAGGCGUCUCUUCUGACGGACAGGCAUGGAGGCUUUCUCUGUGGCGCCUCUUUGUUUUGCCGGUGUGUGGCUGUGCCAGCACGGGGCUCUGUAAACUGGCAGGGGGAAGCGCCGUGUCCUUUGUUUCAUGCCACGCAGUUGUGGGCUGCCGGCGUCAAUGGUAUAUUCGUUUUCCCGAGGAACUCAAAUGUUUCAAUUUGGUUCCUCGUCGCAAUGACACACUAUUUUAGAGGUGCAGAGAUUGAACUCCGGCCGGUUGGAGCCCCCGGCAGUGUGGUCAGUGGGCGCAGGAUCAUUCGAUCUGUGUUGGUAAUAAGAAUCUCUGUUUUCCGCGUUGAGCGACUCCUCGUCUUCAGGGUCUGCUUUUGGUUAUAGCACACUUUUGUUCCUGUCUGAAGUGGCGAUUUUUAUUCAGACGACGACAAAUCAGAGCUGCGCAGCAACGCUGAGUAGUAGUUCGUGCGCCGUCGCCGUAUGCCCACAGCCGUAGCCAUGUACACCACAGAACCGGUCACUCACCCGAAUAACGGUCAAUAGCGCGAAGGUGUCUUGGCCACGGUGUGGCUUGGAUUUACGUUUUGCGUAUCGCGAUGCAUCUGCUAACCGUACGAGGAGUGUUGGUGAGAGUGGUGUCUCAGUGUACUAGUGCGAGAAAAGCCACUGAGAACGGCAAACAUAGCCAGACUCUGAUGUUGUUCGUACGGAGUCGCCCGACAAGAGGACACACUAUCGUUAAAUAUCGAUCCAGUCGCUGUGAACACGUUCGCACUGAUACUGGGAUGACUUCUUUCUCAAACGGCGACCUGCGGCACAAACCGCGGUAAUGAAGUAGAUUGGAUACGGAUAUUGGAACCCCUCUUCAAAUGCGGGGAGGCGGCGUUCAAGCGCUUGCCUUCACAGGAGAUAUCUUCUGUAAAGGGUACUGCUGAAAGCAGGUCUGAUCGUCUGUAGCCGGUGUACGUCUACAUCUACCGGGUUAACUGAAUCAGAUGCAGCCUGGGGAUGCCGAGGAGGCUGCUCCCCCUUUGUCCAGACAGGGACAGCGCCCCGAUAUGGGAUGACUCUAUUCGUUUGUCCUUUCUGAGGCGCUGCUUGUAAGAGGCAUGCAGUUCCCUCAGCAUUUAAGGACCGCAGAGAUCACAAGCUACUCUGGAUUGAAGUUCUCGCUUCUGAACUUUGCCCUGUGUCCACGUGCAGCUCGGGACAGCCUUCACCCUAUUGACCGUGAUUGAGCGUUACCUCGAUGAGCCUAAGAGGAACCGCUGCGGCACAUCUAGACGGAUAAUCGACUACCCAAGAGACAUCCGUUUCCGCAGCUGUUUUACCACUGAUGCGGGGCACCAAGUGGCCUGUCGCAAGCAAAUACGAACAUUCGGACGGGCUGAAAAGUUAUGCAGUGUGUACUGGUCGUUGUCAGAAGCGGACUCAAAAAAAUUGUGAAGGCAGUUCUCGCUGCACGGAAGAGACCGUCAUCCCAUAAGCAUACUUAAGAGGAUUCGGAUAUGAAUAUACCGACAGCGUAAGACACUUCGGCCUGAGGCGUCGUGAAAACGCUGACGCGCCUACUCUAUGCAACACAGGCCUCCGCCAUACCGAAUAAACAAUUUGAUCGAAGUGUCCAUCAUAGUAAACGCACAAUCCACGAAGAAUGUAGCAAGUUAAUCUUUUUGUUUUCCCAGGGUCUUCAGUUGACGGAACUCAUUCAUGUGGGUCACGCACGAGGCACACCGGCGAAAUCGCUGCGUACACGUCCAGAAAGACCAAUGAUGAUUAGCAGAAACAACGUAACCUUGAGGCGGUGGAAACCAACACAUUUUAAAACCAGACUCGGAAAUCUGCAUCAUGCUACAUUAGCCUUUCAAGCACUCACACUUUAGAUACGGCAAAAUUUGUCGUACGCCACUGACGAUGAUAUUCACCGUUGUGUUGUGUGCUUCGGUUUGUAUGCCUUUCUUGGACGUCACACGUUGUGUAGCUUCACGAGCAGUAAGGACUGCUCCCCUGGGGAGCAGGAGAGAUAGAGAUCUCGAAAAAUUUGCCAAAUCAUCCCCGACGUGUGUGGUUCGUCACAAGUCACUGCGGGUUAGCUUGUUGCUUACUUGAUUGGAUGUCGUCUAACUCCAACCCUAGCCUUCCUCAACCUGUCUUGAAUGCUACCGCAUGUAGAACGAAUCAGCGUGUUUCCCCAUUCCACACCACGGGGGUGCGAUCGGGAUCAUAGUCAGGACACAAGAAGAAAAACACCUUCAGCGCCAUUAGCAUCACCAGGAUAGACACCAUGAAUGCUAUCGGAUUCCGUCGAAAACUUUUCCAGAACGCGAUCAACUGGGAUGCAGCACACAUUCUCCCAAAAAUCCCUCUACGAGGAACCAAGGACUAAUGGAAACAAUUUACCCGCCGGAACUUGACUCUCCGUUAUCGCACCUCCCGCUGUCGUCGUGUGACUUCAAGGCUCGCUAGCUGUCUUUGAACACAAAAGAAGUAGGCCUUCUCCGCGCUGUGUCGAGGCGGAGUGAUACACACUCUAUGCUACACGGGAAAAUAAAGUAUGUCACGGUAGAUGCCGGAAGAUCAGCACACCCACCGCUGAAGCCACGAGAUUGUCUCGUUCCGUCAAUGACGUGGACCCCGCGGUACGGCAACAAAUAAACGACAAUUCGUUUCUAAUACUCAGGAAGAAACCGGAACCAACUGGACACGAAAAAAGCGCAGUCCGGCAGCGUUGCGCUCGAAUGGCGUAACCGUGAGGAACAGGGUAUUCUGUGAAGACGAGGACUCUGGAAGGUGACCCAAAUACGCAGGAGACGCCUCCUCAUAAAGUUUCCGUUGGGUAUAUAUGCAGCAGAAGCCUUAACAGUUGUACUUCAGAGAGAUGUCUGCAACACGUAAUCAUGAGAAAGAAAGUACCAAGAGGCUUCGCGAACUUGGACUGUUUCACUUCCGUACAGAGCGGGAGGCACGUCUUUGCCAGGGUCCGAGCUUGCCAAACACCAACGGACAGCAUCUGGCGCUCAUGUUCAAGCCGUCGCGUAGCACAACAAAUUUUUAGCGGUCAUGCAGAUAUUUUUCGAAAUUUCCUGCACUAACACUCUUCU